AUGAGAGGAGGAAUUUGUAGUAUUCAGCUUCAAGCUCUUACACAAGAAGCUGCUACUGUUGUUAAACAAGCAGUGAAUCUAGCAACAAGAAGAGGUCAUGCACAAGUCACACCUCUUCAUGUUGCUAGUGCCAUGCUUGCAACUUCAACUGGUUUAUUAAGAAAAGCUUGUCUUCAAUGUCAUUCUCACCCUCUUCAAUGCAAGGCUCUUGAGCUUUGUUUCAAUGUUGCACUUAACCGUUUGCCAGCUUCAACACAAAGUCCACUUUUAGGUCCUCAGUAUUCAUCUUCUCCUUCACUUUCUAAUGCUUUGGUUGCAGCUUUCAAGCGUGCUCAGGCUCACCAGCGUCGCGGAACGAUAGAGAAUCAGCAGCAGCAGCAGCAUAUUCUGGCCUUGAAGAUUGAAGUUGAGCAGCUCAUAAUCUCUAUACUUGAUGAUCCAAGUGUUAGUAGAGUUAUGAGAGAAGCUGGUUUCUCUAGUACUCUUGUGAAAGCAAGAGUUGAGGUUGAGCAAGCUCUUCCGGUCGAAGUUUCUUCGCAGAAAGAAAUUUGCAUUAAGCCUCCUCAAGCUCUUAGCCUUGGCGGUUCGAAUUCAUUCGCCAAGCCUAUAGAAUAUGUUAACAAUGAUGAUGUAACAAGUGUGUUGAAUGAGUUAGUGAAGAGGAGAAGGAACACUGUGAUUGUAGGAGAAAGUGUUUCGAAUGCCGAGGGAGUAGCUAAAGGAGUGAUGGAAAGAUUUGAGAUAGGUAAUGUUCCUAAUGAGUUAAGGUAUGUGCAAAUUGUGAGUCUUCCUUUGAUAUGCUUUAGGAAUAUAAGCAAAGAGGAAGUUGAAAAGAAGUUUGUGGAAGUUAGAAGCCUAGUGAAAAGCUAUAUGGGAAGAGGGGUGAUUCUAUAUUUAGGUGAUUUGAAAUGGUUGUUUGAGUUUUGGUCAAGUUACUGUGAGCAAAAAAGGAACUACUAUUGUUCUGUUGAGCAUAUGGUUAUGGAGGUUAAAAAGUUGGUGAGUGGAAGUUGUGAGAGUACUAGAUUAUGGCUUAUGGGAAUCUCAAAUUUCAAAACAUACAUGAAGUGUAAAACAUGUUACCAUUCUCUAGAAUCUAUCUGGGAGCUUCAUCCUUUCACAGUUCCUGUUGGAAGCCUAAGCCUAAGUUUGAAUUUUGACAGUGAUUAUCAAGCUAAGGAGAGAAGCAUGGUGUUAUUCAAGGACUUGGCUUUUGAAGAUAAAGUAGGAGUUGGAAAGUAUCUAACUUGUUGCAAAGAUUGUUCUAUGAAGUUUGAAAAUGAAGCUCAGAGUUUGAGUAACAAUUCAAGCAAGACAGCAUGCAGUUCUAGCUUGCCAACAUGGCUUCAAAGUUGUAAACAAGAAAGAAGCUACAUGAUGGAAGAUCAGGAGAAUGCAAGGCUUAAGGAUCUGUGCAAGAAAUGGAACUCAAUAUGCAAAUCGGUACACAGAAAGCCUUCGAUUCUCGACAAACAAGAUUUGUUUGUUUUAUCAUCAACCCCUUCAUCACCAACUUCAUUUUCCUCACUUGAAAAAAAGUCCACUUUUCAACAAAACCACCUAAAUUGGCCUAUAACUUCUGAACAAGAAAAAGCACCAAAAGAAUGUGAGUUAUUAUACACUGAAAAUGCUGGUGGCGACGAUGACGAUGAUGAUUGCUAUGAUGGUAACUUGAUAAUGUUCAUGCCACAUAGAAAUGUUCCAAAACCAGAUCUUUUGUCAAAUCCAAACUCAAGUCCAAACUCCGCCUCUUCAAGUGAAGCAGUGGAAGGUUUAGAGAGCACUGAAAUGUUCAAUGAACAAAAUGAAGAGAAUCUCAAGAUUCUCUGUGAUGCCUUGGAGAACAAGUUUCCACAAUAUAAAGAAACCAUUCAAGAGAUUGCAAGUACUGUCCUUUUUUGUAGAUCAGGAAUGAGAAAAAGAGAUAACCACUUGAUCAAAAGAGAAAAUCAUAAGCAAGAAACUUGGAUGUUAUUUCUCGGCGACGAUUCUCAAUCCAAAGAGAAUAUCUCAAAGGAGCUAGCAAAAGUUGUUUUUGGAUCUUAUAGCAACUUUAUGACAAUUGCCAUAAGCACUUUUUCUUCAUUAGCUGAUGAUGUUAACGAUUCUUCAAGCGACGAGAAAUCCAAAAGGAAAAGACCAAGAGAUGAACUUGGAAGCACUUAUUUGCAAAGGUUUGGUGAAGCAAUGAAUGAGAAUCCUCAUAGAGUGUUCUUCAUGGAAGAUUUAGAACAAGUUGAUCACUUUACUCAAAAGGGUAUCAAGAAAGCUAUUCAAACUGGAAGUUUAACAAUUCCUGAUGGUGAAUCAAUUCCUCUCAAGGAUGCAAUUAUCAUUUUCAGCAGCGAAAGCUUCAGUUCUUCAAUGUCAAAGUCACAACCAUCAUCAUCAUGUGCUGAAAACAAAGGGAAAGAGACCAUGAUAGAGGAUCAUAAAAAUACUCUAAACCUCUCUUUGGAUCUGAAUAUAGCCAUUGAAGAUCAUGAGAAUACAGACACUAGUAUUCUUGAGUUAGUUGACAAGAAAAUUAGUUUUAAUUAA